AAAAUUGCCAAGUUUGUUUUGUUUUGGAAAUUUUUUUGUUUCAAUUUUUUUAAAAUUUCAAUCAAAAUGAACAAUUCCAAAUGGAAUGAUUUACAAGCGAUUCAAAAAAGAAAUAAUUCUAUUAAGGAAAAAAUUCUACAAUGGAAACGACAACGUGAAAAUAUAUUGAAUGUAUCAUCAUCAUCACCAGUGCCAUCAUCAUCCGCCAUUCCAGCCGGUUUUGUUGAUGAAAAAACAAAUUCAACUUUUAAAAAAAUUGAAAACAAAUUAAUCGAUAUUCUAUUUGAUAAAUCAAAUAAUUUUCCUAUUGAUUUUGCUACAAUUCAAUCGCUGACAUCAAAUUUUACCGAUAAAAAAACUACUAAAGAAUUAUUGAUAAAAUUUUCAUUAAAAAAAUUAAUCGAAUUAAAUGAAUAUAUUGGAUCGGAUGAUGGUGAAAAAACAAUAUUUAUUCUAUCGGUUGAUUAUGAUGCAUUAAAAUUAUUGAAAGAAGAUAAUGAAAAAACAGAAGAACAUAAAUUGAAACGACCAUUACGAAAUGAUGAUAAUGAUAAUGAUAAUGAUCAAUCAGAAUCUAAAUCCAAAGAUUUACAUACGGCGAAAAAAUUUCAUUCAAAUAAUGAUAAAGAAAAAUCCGAUAAUAAUAAUAAUAAAAAUGAUUCAGUCGAAGGUAUACUAUCAUUACAAUCAACAAUUGAAAAAGAAAAUCAAAAAAUAUCCGAAGAAAUACAACGAUUAUUAUCAAAACCAACAGCAAAAGAAUUAUUAUUGAAUGAACAAUUUCGUUCAUUAAAUCCAAAUGUACAGGAAUUUUGUCCACGUGGUACACCUGAAGAAUGUAUUCGGUCAAAUAAUUCAAAUGAACCAUGUGAACGUAUACAUUUUCUUAAAAUUAUACAAAAACAUACUGAUGAAUCAUUAGGUGAUUGUUCAUUUUUAAAUACCUGUUUUCAUAUGGAUACAUGUAAAUAUGUACAUUAUAAAGUUGAAAAAAAGAAUGAUCCAUCCAUUUAUAAUAAUAAUAAUAAUGAUAAUAAUACGGCUUCAACGAUAACCAAUCAGAAUAAUAAUAAUAAUAAUAAUAAUAUCGUCAUAACAUUGGCAACAGCAACUGAACAACCAUUUAAACGAAAUCUUUUCCCUGCACAAUGGAUACGUUGUGAUUUACGUUUUUUUGAUAUGAGUAUUUUGGGAAAAUUUUCGGUUGUUAUGGCUGAUCCACCAUGGGAUAUACAUAUGGAAUUACCAUAUGGUACAAUGUCCGAUGAUGAAAUGCGUAAUCUAAAUAUUCCUUGUUUACAGGAUGAAGGUCUUAUAUUUUUAUGGGUUACUGGUCGUGCUAUGGAAUUAGGUCGUGAAUGUCUUAAACUUUGGGGUUAUGAACGUUGUGAUGAAUUAAUUUGGGUAAAAACUAAUCAAUUACAACGUAUUAUACGUACUGGUCGUACUGGACAUUGGAUUAAUCAUGGUAAAGAACAUUGUUUAGUUGGUUUAAAAGGAAAUCCAAAAAAUAUUAAUCGUAGUUUGGAUUGUGAUGUAAUUGUUGCUGAAGUACGUGCUACAAGCCAUAAACCAGAUGAAAUUUAUGGUAUUAUUGAACGUUUAUCACCGGGAACCCGGAAAAUUGAAUUAUUCGGACGUCAACAUAAUACACAACCAAAUUGGGUAACAUUAGGUAAUCAAUUAGAAAGUAUUUGUUUAAUGGAUCCACAGCUAAUUGAUACAUAUAAAAAAUGUUAUCCAAAUGAAAUUAUCGAUAAUCUUCAAUAACCAAAAAAAAAAUCAAUUUUACA